UGACUUUUACCUUACAAUCACCUCCAAGCCUGUCAAACAAGGGCACUUUUGUGUUUUCGUUUUUCAUUUUCAAUUUUUCAAUUUUGCAUUUACUUUUCUUUGGAAAAAAAGAAAACGAAGAAGAACUGUCGAGUUUCGCCAGGGACAAAAAAAACAACCCCAAAGAGCAGAGGAAAUAAUGCUCUCGACACGACUCUUGUUCUUCGGGGCCUUGCUCCUACCUAUAUUCUACUUUCUCGACCAGAACCUCCACAAGGCUUACGUUUUCGACCCUGUCAAGUUACAACAGAUAUCUCAGAAUGCCAUCGCGGUUCACGGCAACGACACCUUACCCAUGAUGAGGCAAAUCACCGAGGAUUUGAAGGCGGAAUACGGUAGUGCCAUUGUCGACGACUGGACAAAGGAAGAUUGGUUUUUUAACAAUGCCGGUGGUGCCAUGGGCACCAUGGUGAUUCUACACGCUUCAUUGACGGAAUACUUGAUCUUUUUCGGUACCGCCUUGUUGACAGAGGGUCAUUCCGGUGUACACAUGGCCGACGACUAUUUUACCAUCUUGGUCGGCGAGGAACACUUUGCGGGCCCGGGUGACCUGACGGCACAAGUCUACCGGGCAGGAGAUCAAAACCAUUUACCCCGUGGCGCUACAUCCAGACAGUAUUCGAUGCCAGGUCCCUGUUUCGCCCUGGAACUCGCCCAAGGUUGGAUUCCUGCCAUGUUACCAUUCGGCUUCGCGGAUACUUUUAGUAGUACAUUGGAUUUUGGUAACCUUUGGAAGACCGUCUGGUUGACAGGAAAGCAUAUGGGAUCUCAAGCUCUUAUGGGAAAGUUUUGAAAGGAACAACAAGGAAAAACCUCCGGCUACCUACCUACCUACCUCAGGUAUCAUUCUGUCAAGCAUUGUAUGUUUAACUACUCGUACUUUGUUUCCUUUCCCCCCUUUCCUGCUGUAGCGGAAUGGUUGUAUCAUGAGGACGAUUUCUGGCAUCACUUCAGGUCGCAUACUAGAUUGGACGGGAUUGAUCAUCAUUAUCGAAAAUACCAAAUUCAAGAUAAACUCUCCUUUUCUCGCACACAAACAGCAUGUACAGUACGUAUACAAUACUUGUCUAAUCCGUGGCACUUGUGGAAAUACAAAUGACCAAAACAUCAACACAGACGCGAUACUCGGUGCAUUGCGUCCACAGAACCAAGGCAGAGCGUUGAUGGCUGCGAGUACUACAAACAACCUCCAUUGUCACCGAUUUCACGACACGAAAUGGAACCAGG